GUUUCAUGGAGUCCUGCAUUUUUAUCAUUCCCCCUCGGCACAGGUCGAAACGCAAACGAAAGUGGUACAAGUUGUGAUGGCGUUUUUAAGGUUACUGCUCUUACAUUAUACAGUUUAAACGUAUCUUAUCAGCAGGCGGAAUAGAGUAGGUAGCUAGCUAAGAUAAUCAUUUUCAAGGGCGUUCUCCUAAAACGGUUGCUUGUCGUCACACUGUCAGUAGUACCACGAUGCGAGCGUCUUGUUUUGACAGCUCAAGGAUGACGAUAUUAAUCGUUCCUAACUAGCUAACAUUGCUUGCUAGCAUAUUUGUUUUUAUACCAAAUGCAAGAUAUUGAUUAGCAAAGCUAAAGAUGUCAGCUAACUUGGCGUUAUUGAUUGCAAGAUAGCUAGCUAACCAUAAAAUUCAACGGCUUGAUUGGAAAGCGUUUAUUUCACUGUAUUUCUGUGCUAGUAAGCUAGCUAGCUGUCGGAUCAUUUCGAAAGCAAAAGUAGCUAACGUUACCAAUAUCAUGCUGUCAAUAUCGCUACCAUGAGGGUUUUCGAGACUGACACAAAUGUAUUUACAUUUACCCUAUAAGUAAUUUAUCUAGCUAGCUAGCAUUUCUUUAUCAAUAGACCAAGGCAAUUGUUUAUCAAACACAACCUUAUUUAGCUGAGUUAUCUAAAGAAGUUGCUAUGGUCCCAAUUUGGCACAACAUGAAGCCGUUAGGGAGAAAUUGGAUGAUAGGACUGGGUGUAGGAGCCACCGCGGGUGUAGGCUUGAUUACAUUAAUAAUCUACAAAGAAAUUAGUAGAAGAAGAUCUCAAACAUUAUUACUCCAGACCAACCCCACUGAGUACUUGAUAGACAGCCCAGAUGGAACACCCCACCACAUGGCGCCACAUGAACAAGGUAGGUGGUAGGCACUGCAUGGCAUAGCAGCAGAAGCUGAGACUGUGUGAAUUUAUGCAUGUCCGUUUGUAAGUGUGUGUGUCCAGCGGUCUGCCUGUGUGUAAUGAGUAUGUAUAUCUUUGCAAUGGUGUGUGUCUAUCCCCCCCCCCCCACACACACACAUCUCUUCGGUCUCUGUUUGUCCCUUCACAGAGGCGGUGGCCCAGCAGCAGGCCCUGGCAGCGGUGGAGGCGGUGGUGCAGGGGCUGUCCCCUGAGCAGCAGGUGGAGCUGAGGAACCAACUGGAUGAGGUGCUGACCUGUGUGUCCUCCCUCCGCUUCGAGGUGGCCGAGCUCAGGACCGGCCUGCAGGACAUCGCCCAGCAGAUCAUCCAGGAUGUCAAGUGAGUGGGGGUGGCCACAUGAGUUCACCAAGGGGUCACUGAAUCUAGGAUAUAUCAUGUGUCAGGUUUUUCGUUCAGUGUCUUUUGUUCAAGACAUGUAUGUUGAAUGUCUCUCUGCUGCUCUGUGCAGGAAGGGUGUUGAGGAGAGCCAGAGGGCACGCAGACGUCGCCACGUCAUCAGCCAUCGGGAACGCACCGACUCCAUGAGCUCCAGCUCUAUCUAUUUCUCUGCCAGUCAAGGCGUGUACGGAGGGGAGACCAGCGAAGGAGGGUAAGAUCAGGAUGGACUGCAAUCACUGCAUGGGAUAGAUAGCAUUGUAAGAACAUGAGCAUAGGGCUAAUAGUCCAAGGGCCAACCACCAAAAAAGGCUUCAGAAAAGGCAUUCCGUGACCCAGGAAACAACCUCAACGUUUCAACAUCAUUGAAUAUCACAAUUUCGAAAUCAUAGCGCAUUUUGGGUAAUUUCCCCUAGCAGCAUUGAGGUUGCCAUGUUACACCUUGGUUGCAAUUGUUACACACAUUUCGUUGUCCAUGCUUGCAGAAAGCAAGGUAUGUACCGGACCUGAGGAAUCCGAAAUAAUACGAGAUAAGAAGCUGUUGAAAACUGCUAAAUUGAUUUUUCUCAGAUGCCAGAACAGCGCUUUAUGUAGCUGUCGGGACCUUAAAUGUUUUGUGAGCUGUAUUAUCUAGCAAACGUUGUGCUGUCUUUAGUUUGUCUAGCAGGCAAAUCAAUGAUGUCCCUUGUAGGCUAAAUACAGCUGCCAAAAUGUCUUAUAUUAAUUGAGAAACACUGUACAUGGUUAAAACAUUUCCUCGUUUUGGGGUUCAACUGGAUCAGUAAAGGAUCGGUAACGUGUUGGUUGAGCUUAUGCAAGGAUGAACACUGACCUCACAAAUAGUUAUGUGUUCUGUGCGGCAGUGUGCAACAAAAGUAACCAAGGUGAAACAUGGCAAUGUCGAAACGUUGCUAGGGAAAUGACCCAAGAUGCCUAUGAUUUUGGUGCAAAAAAUUGUAACUUUUAUUAAAAAUAACAAAUGAAUGUGCAACUUUUACAAGUGUUGAACCACACAGUUUUCAUAUUCAUAACAUUAUCUACAUAAUGAUUUUGACAUUUCGCAGUUUUGUUUCCUGGGUCACGGAACAACACAUUUUUGGUGGCUGGCCCUUAGACUAUAAUUCUGUAGUGACCUUAACUGUCUGCCUAUACUGUCAUCACUGUCUCAGGUACUCCACCGCCAACGCUGAGUCGGACUACACGGAUCGGGACACGGAUCGGGAGACCGACAAGGAGGCGGAAAGAGAGCCGGAGGAGGAAUCCGAGGAGGAUGAGGACAAGAGCUGCGCCACGACCAUCACUCUACGCCAGGAGGACUCCCAGGAGGAGGGAGAGGAACCACAGGAGGAAGAAGAUAAUAAUGAUGAAGAGGAGGAGGAGAUGUUGGAGGUGAUGGCUGAAGUGCCAAGUGGGGAGUUGGCAUUACUCCUGGCCCAGAGUGAUAUCCUUCAUACGGGUGAUGCCAGGCUGAAGGCAGAGGGCUUCCAUCUGCUCCUUGCCAACAAGCUACAGGUCAGCCCAAAUGAAAGGGGUCUGAGAAUGUGGAUCUUUUGUGGCAAAUUUUGUUUUCAUGUUGCUGAAGUUGUGUUAAAAUAUUUUUAGUUAAGCCUAGCUACAUCUCUGAUGUUGUAUAUUUUGUUUUUUUGUGAUACCAGUAUGGCGACAGCAGGGAGUUUCUAUGGCGACUGGCCCGUGCCUACAGUGACAUGUAUGAUUCCACUGAGGACAAGCAGGAGAAGAAGUUGUAUGCAGAACAAGGUGAAGAAAACAUUUGGUUUUGUAGAGAACCCUCACUUUAACAUGCACUGUCAGAUGUAUCAGGUGGUUUGCUUUUGACCUUUGAUCUAUACUCCACAGGUCGUGAAGAAGCAGAAUUUGCUCUAAAGAAGAAUGGCCUGAAUGCGGAAUGUCACAAGUGGUGAGUCACUGAAAACUGUCAGAGAUGUAGUGCCGACCCUUAACCCUUUGCAAAAUGGUAAGAUUUUAUUUUUUUAUCUCUUUCAAUCCUCCACAGGUUUGCUGUUCUCACAGGCCUCACCUCCCAAUACGAGACUAUGCAUGGAAAACUGAAAAGCAGUCACAUUCUCAAGGUUUGUUUCUUACUCUAUUCGGAAUCCUAUUGGAAUAAUGUCAUCCAAGUCCUCCGUUUAUAAAGUUUAAUCUAAAUCAGAAAACAGUUGUGUAUGUUCAGAUCUGCACUUUCCUAACACAUUUUGUAAACAGUAACCCAUGAAAACGUGACUUUUUUGUAUGCACAAUAUUUACCCUGCCUUUUCGCUUUGCGCUAGGAGCAUUUAGACCGAGCGAUUGCCCUUAGGGACGAUGACCCACUGUGUUUCUACCUACUGGGGCGCUGGUGUUAUGAGGUAAGCAGAACAAGCUUUUUAUCCCAAGUCCUUACAUUGGGACUUGGCUGAAAAACAACAUAACCAUACAACCUGUCCUAUGCUAACUAAAACGUGUCCGUUGUCUCCCUAUCCCUUUUCCUCUGUAGGUUUCCACUCUUGGCUGGCUGGAGAGGAAGGCGGCAGCGGCCUUGUAUGACAAACCACCAACAUCUACUCUCCACGACGCCCUUGAAAACUUCCUCAAGGUACUUGAUCAGUUGCCCAAUGCCAAAUUGACUCUCAGCCUCUAUACAGAAGAAAAAAAAUCAUUGAAAUGUUGUUGUCAUCAGUUUUAUUCCACCUCGCCACCUUGUUUGAUUUCAGGCGGAGGAGCUGAACCCGGGAUUCUCUAAGACAGUGAGACUUUACAUCGCCAAGGUAUUGGAAAAACAAUUCUGUAGACAAGAUCAAUUAAACGGUAGAUUUCUCCAGUUUGUAACUAGUGUAAAAGGAAACUUUUCUGAUCCUCUGAUUGUCCUCUUGUUUGUUUUGAUUUCUAGUGUCACAAGGAGCUGGGGAAUGUGUCGGAGGCUAAAAACUGGGCCCUGUUGGCGUUGAAGACGCCUAGUGGCUCCAGUGAGGUAAGCAGACAUUUCUUUGGGAUGGAGAUGAGCGCUCACUGUGCACAUGGGGUUGACUUUGCUAGGCAGCACUUUUACCUUUCUUUUCAUUCUUUAGGAGGAGGAUAGUGCUAAGUUGGAGGCGGAGCUGGGAGCCUUGAUUGACAAGGCGACUGAGCUCUCCCUCGCCGGUGGGGACAAAUAGGGCGGGACACAGCGGUUGCCACUGGAUGGCCAGUGGCAAACUAGUUUGCUCAUCACAAGCCACCCAAUCAGCUGUGUACUAGAAACAUUCACGACAAAUUUUCCCUCCUCUCCUCAGUACGCCAAGUAGAUACGCAUCUUCCUAUCAUAUUUGUCACUGAAUCGAUAUGGAGUGAUCAAUUUAUAUUGGAGUCAGUACCUUUUAAGAAUGAUCUUUGCCUUUUUCAUUUCCUUUUCACAAAUUUACUUAGUAUGCUAUUAUCAUUUGUUUUCAAAGCACUUUUUCAUCUAACCAGUCACGGUACUACUGUAAUUUAGCAUGUUUCAGAGUCUCUUGCUAGUGUUGUUGACCAAAUGUGUGCAGAGUAACCUAGAUCGGACUAAUUCCCCUGUAUAGACUCCAGUGAAACAUCACCUCUACCGUUGUUUAGAUUGUGUAGUGAUGCAAUGUUGACAACUUAUCCUAAAUUUAAAAUCAAAUUGGAUCAAAACAUGUCCUGAAAAUCACUUAGCCUCACAGCUCACAUAGAUGGUAUGAUUAUUCAAGAUUUAUAGUGCGUAAUGGGUUUCAGUGAACUAAGCACAAGCCCAGUUUUAAGUCCAUGUAAUGGCAUUUUAGAAGGAGCAUGGACCCUUUCUUCUUAGGCUAACUACCUUAAGUACUUUUUUUGUCAUUUAGCGGACGCUCUUAUCCAGAGCGACUUGCAGGAGCAAUUAGGGUUAAGUGCC